AUGAAUGGAUCUUCAUCACCCAAACCUGUUCGACGUUUUCAUCAACGUGCAUUGAUAUGGGAUUUAGAAGAAACACGUGCUUUAUUAGAUCUACUUAAAGAUGAACGAAUAUUUAAAGCUAUUGAAAGUGUUCGUACACGUGAAAUCUAUCAUGAAAUAGCUGAACGUCUUAAACAAUCUGGUUUUAAUCGUGAUUGGAAUCAAAUACGUGGUCGUGUAAAAAAUUUAAAAUUUUCAUAUAAACAAGCUCGUGCUUUACAUGAAGAGCAAGGUCAAUCAACGCUAGCUUGUCGUUUCUAUGAUGAUCUUCAUUAUUUAUUUGGUCAUAAAAAUCCUUUUCUUUUCGUCGUCCAGUCUAUGAAUGAAAAUGACGAACAACAAGAAUUUCUUGAUGAUUCGUCACCUGAUUAUAUUCAACGACCAGAAGAUCCAUAUCCAAUACUUCAAUCAACACGAACGAAUUCAAAUCUAAUUCAGAAUGAAGAAGAUACACAUGAUAUGACUGAAAAUAACGAAGAACAGGAACAAACAGGAACAGAUGAAAUGGAUAUUUAUCUUAAAUCUAUGUCACCAUAUAAACAUCAAGCCUAUCUUAUUGAUGAUGUUCUUCAAUCAGUUUUUAAUAAAUUUCUUGUUGCACAACAACAAUCUGAACAACGUUUUAUGUCAUUUAUUGAUGAACAAAAACGUAUUGAUCAAGAACGUGAAGAACGAAUACAUCGAGAACAACGACAACAUCAAUUAGAACUUGUACAACUUAUUAUAAAUCAAGGUCGUUCUCAUGCGACUGGUGAAGAAGGUCUAUAUCCAUUAAAACAUUUAAGAAAAACAUCCGAAACAGAUGCAUGGACAGUACAUAAAUCUGCAUCAUUGGUAAAUGAAAAUGCUCCAACAAAUCCUACAGAUAUUCCAGAAAUAAAUAAUUCAGUACCACCAGUUGAUGAAAAAAAUCGUAAUAGUAUGAUUGAAAUUCGAACUUUAUCAAAAAGAUCAAUUAUGAUUCCACGUGUAAAUCAUACAAAUGGUCGAUUAGAUCCAUUAACAUCAACAACUAUUUCAGGUUUAAUUCGAUUAUUUUGUAUUCGUCAUGGUGAACGUGUUGAUUUUGCAUUUGGGCCAUCUUGGCCAGAAACAGCUUUUGAUAAAACUGGAAAAUAUCGUCGUAUAAAUUUAAAUAUGCCAAUAACAUUACCACGUCGUCGAAAUCCAUUUCGUGAUUUUAUUGGUGAUUCUCCUAUAACUGAAAUCGGUGCCACUCAAGCUCGAUUAACUGGUGAAGCAUUAGCUGCAAAUGAAUCUCUUGCGCAAUAUUGUUAUUCAUCACCAUCACUUCGUUGUAUUCAAACAGCAUCUUGUAUUCUUCAAGGUAUGGGAGUUGAAGAUCGAGUAAAGAUUCGUAUUGAACCUGGUUUAUUUGAAUUUUUGGGUUGGUAUGAACGUGGUUUACCAACAUUAUUUACUUCAUCGGAUAUGAAUAUUAAUGAAGAUGAAGAAGUUAAUUUAUAUAAUAUUGAUAAAAACUAUCGACCCAUUAUUCCAUUAGAAAAAUUAUCUCGUGAUGAAAAAGCUAUUGAUUAUUAUAAUCGAUCAUUUAAAGUUACACAACAAAUAACUGAUAAACAUAAAUUGACUGGUGCUAAUAUAUUUUUUAUUGGUCAUGCCGCAACACUUGAAGUUUGUACACGUCAAUUAUGUUCACUUCCACCUCGUUCUUAUUCAGAUUUUAAUGGUGUUAUUCGAAAAGUACCAUAUUUAGGUUUACAAUUAUGUGAAAGAAAUCCAUCUGAUGGACAAUGGUCAUUAAAAGCACCACCUAUUCCACCAUUACAACAUGCAAAUAAUGUGGCAUAUGAUUGGCAAUCUAUGAAAUAA